CUGACUCCUGCUUUGCUUCAAUAAGGCAUUAAAGUGUUGAGUUCAAAAGAUCCUCCCUUUAGUUCCACACAUUAGACAGUGGACACUAACGCCCAGAGUUAAUCCCCAGAAAACCACUCCAAGUUGUUUGUGUGUGUCCUUGUGUAUAAAAAGUGAGGGAUGACAGUUGACAGUCACUGAGCUACGGUGAAGGAGCAUCCAGAUCAUCUCCCCACACUAAAUCAUGGAGUCCAGAGCAUCUCUCUCCAUUCUAGCUCUGCUGCUUGGUUUCUCACAAGCUCUCAAUCUCGACCAACCUGAGCACGUGGACAUCAUAUCAAGGAUUCUCACCAUCAACAAUGGAUCCACUGAACUGUUGUUGGAGGGAGACAUACUCUUGCCAAGAGGUAGGAAUGCUCUGGUCUGCAGUGAUAGCAGCUGCUUUUGGAAGAAGUCCUCAAAUGGCCUAGUGGAGGUUCCUUACACAUUGAGCAGUGUUUUCUCUUUCUCUGACAGGACUGUAAUUGCCAAUGCCAUGGCCUCCUUCCACAACAAAACCUGCAUUCGUUUUGUUCCCAGGACAAAUCAAACUGACUACCUCAGCAUUGAGAGCCAAGAUGGAUGCUACUCUGAUGUGGGCAGAUCAGGUGGUGCUCAGGUGGUUUCUCUCAGCAGGUCUGGUUGCGUUUACUAUGGCAUCAUUGAGCAUGAGCUGAACCAUGCACUUGGUUUCCACCACGAGCAUACUAGGAGUGAUCGUGACAAGUACGUCAAAAUCAACUGGGCAAACAUCGACCCAACCACACAGUCUAAUUUCAAGCUGAAGAACACCAACAACCUCAACACACCGUACGACUACUCCUCUGUGAUGCACUACGGAAGAACAGCUUUCUCCAUCAACGGGCUGGACACCAUCACUCCCAUUCCUGAUCCAUCAGUGAAGAUUGGACAGAGAGACGAACUGUCCGCCAUCGACAUCCUGAGGAUCAACACCCUCUACAAGUGUUGA